GAAUGCCAAAGAAUAAUUGCAGGCUGCUUCUCAGCUCUCACUAGCCGUACACUUGUACGAGUAGAAGCUCAAGCUGUAAGCUGCUUCGCGACUAGUCUAUUAGAGUAAGCUAUUGACUUUUGCUCAUAAUCUCAUAAUCAUAAAUCUCAUUAUCUACUAAUCAUUUAUAUACUCAUCCUCCAAAAAACAACACACACACACUUUACACACACAAUGGAAAAAUCUGGCUAUGGUCGGGACGGCAUUUUCCGGUCACUCCGGCCACCGUUAACACUCCCCAAAGACCCCAAUCUCUCCAUGAUCUCAUUCCUCUUACGCAACACCGCUUCUUCCGCCACCAAACCCGCUUUAAUCGACUCCAAUUCCGGCGAAACCUUAACUUUCUCCGGCCUCAAAACCGCCGUUACUAACCUCUCCAGCAAUUUACACCAGAUGGGUAUCAACAAGAACGACGUCGUUCUCAUUUUCGCGCCCAAUUCCAUCGAGUUUCCGGUCGCUUUUCUCGGGAUCAUCGCUGCAGGGGCUAUAGCUACUACAGCCAACCCGGCUUACACAGUUCCCGAGGUGGAGAAACAGGUUAAAGAUUGUGACCCUAAGCUUAUUUUUACUGUCCCUGAGUUACUGGGUAAGGUAAAAAAGUUUAAUUUACCAGUUGUGUUAAUGGGUUGUCAAGAACAAGAUGGUUUCAGCGAGUUCAAGGGUGAAAGCAAAAUUACCCUUUUUACUGAUUUGGUAAAAAAUAACGGGGUUGUGGUAAAUUUGCCAAAAGUUGGUGGUAAUGAUACUGCUGCAUUGUUGUAUUCAUCUGGUACUACUGGGAUUAGUAAAGGUGUGAUUUUGAGUCAUAGGAAUUUUAUUGCCGCUUCUUUGAUGUUGAAUAGUGAUCAAGACCUGUUGGGGGAGGUUGAUAGUGUUUAUAUGUGUGUUGUGCCUAUGUUUCAUGUGUUUGGGUUGGCUCUGAUUACUUUUGGUCAGUUGCAAAGAGGUAGCACUGUUCUUGCAGUGCCGAAAUUUGAUUUCGAGAUGAUAUUGAGGGCUAUUGAGAAGUUUAGAGUCACACAUUUGUGGAUUGUGCCGCCGGUUGUGCUUGCGUUGGCUAAGCAGAGUUUGGUUAAGAAGUAUGAUUUGUCAUCAUUAAAGCAGAUUGGGUCUGGUGCUGCUCCUUUGGGGAAGGAUUUGAUGCAGGAAUGUGCUAAGAAUUUUCCUCGGGCCUUGGUUAUCCAGGGUUAUGGUAUGACCGAAACUUGUGGAAUCGUUUCAGUGGAGAAUCAAUUGGGGGGUCCUCGACAUACUGGUUCAGCAGGACUGCUUGUUCCAGGAGUUGAAUCCCAAAUUGUUAGUGUUGAUACACAGAAGCCUCUUCCUCCUAACCAAUUAGGUGAAAUCUGGGUUCGAGGACCUAAUAUGAUGCAAGGUUACUUCAAAAAUCCACAGGCCACAAAUCUUACUAUAGAUGCACAGGGCUGGGUACAUACGGGUGAUCUUGGUUACUUCGAUGACGAAGGGCAACUGUUUGUUGUUGAUCGAAUUAAAGAGCUUAUCAAGUACAAAGGUUUUCAGGUGGCACCGGCAGAGCUUGAAGGUCUGCUUGUUUCUCAUUCUGAGAUAUUAGAUGCUGUUGUCAUCCCGUUUCCUGAUGCCGAAGCUGGCGAGGUACCAAUUGCCUAUGUUGUUCGCUCUCCCAAUAGUUCUUUGACUGAAGAAGACGUUAAAAAUUUUAUUGCGAAACAGGUUGCCCCUUUUAAAAGAUUGCGGAGGAUAACCUUUGUGAAUUCGGUUCCGAAGUCAGCAUCUGGGAAAAUACUGAGGCGAGAACUGAUAGAGAAAGUUCGAGCUAAAAUGUGAUAUCUAAGAGCAUUAUUCAUCCAUAUGAGAGGUCUUGUGUUGAAAUUGUAAAGCAUGUACUGUAGUCUUUUAUGUUGUAACAGAUUAGAGCAAUGUGGAGGGUAAUCAGAUAAGUAAGCAUAUAUAGUUGAUACCUGUGGGAAGCAAGUGAACAGGGCUCAAAGACACAAAUACUUGUAUAAAAUGAUUCGGCAGACUAUCUGUGUACGAUACAUGCAAUAGUACUAUUAUA